UCAGAUAACGAAGGAACUUUCCAGAGUGCUCUAGUCUACACUGAGGGUCAGGAUCAACUGAAGAGCAUCUAUGCCCUCAGGAGAUGUGUGGUGGUACAGCAAACAGUACAAACUGGCCAGUAGGCCAGCAGGAGUCAGCCAGAUGCGUGACUGAUGCCACAUCUGGUGCUGGGAGGAUUUUCAAGACACUUGUAUGUGCAAAGAUCCCAAAAUGUGCCAGAGGAGGACGGGACACAAAGUCCACAGACCUCAACCACAGUUGGUCAUGCUCGGAGUUUGACUUGAGUGACAUUCGCCUGAUAGUGUACCAGGACUGUGAGAGGAGAGGCAGACAAGUCAUGUUUGAUUCCAGAGCCGUUCAGAAGAUGGAGGAGGCGGCAGCUCAGAAAACAGAGGAUGUCCCUAUUAAGAUGUCAGCCAGAUGCUGUCAGGAAAGCAGCAGUGUCAGCAGCAGCAGCUCUUCUCAUAGCUUCGGAGGAUCUUUACAGCACACUAAGGAGCAGCUUCCAAAGUACCAAUACACGAGACCAGCAUCUGAUGUCAACAUGCUGGGGGAAAUGAUGUUCGGCUCGGUUGCAAUGAGUUACAAAGGCUCCACCCUGAAGAUACACUACAUACGAUCUCCUCCACAGCUGAUGAUCAGUAAAGUGUUUUCUGCUAGAAUGGGUAGCUUCUGUGGAAGUACAAAUAACCUGCAGGACAGCUUCGAAUACAUCAACCAAGAUCCUCAGGCUGGAAAACUGAACACAAAUCAGAACAGUUUGGGUCCUUGUCGUACUGGAAGUAAUCUAGGUCUGCUGCAGGCGUGCAGCGGCAAGCUGCUGCAGGGGUUGUCUGAAGGAGGACCUCUCCGGCUCACCCGGAGCGCUUCUUUCUUUGCAGCACACAGCACACCUGUUGAUAUGCCAAGCAGAGGGCAGAAUGAAGACAGGGACAGUGGCAUUGCUCGAUCAGCUUCACUGAGCAGCCUUUUGGUCACACCCUUCCCGUCUCCGAGCUCCUCUACAUCCUCCUCCAGCAGUUACCAGCGCCGCUGGCUGCGAAGUCAGACAACGAGUUUGGAAAAUGGCAUCUUUCCAAGGAGGUCAACUGAUGAGACAUUUAGCUUGGCUGAAGAAACGUGUAGCUCUAACCCAGCCAUAGUUAGAAGGAAGAAAAUCGCCAUCAGCAUCAUCUUUUCCUUGUGUGAGAGAGAGGCAGCACAGCAGGAUUUCCAGGACUUCUUUUUCUCCCAUUUCCCUCUGUUUGAAUCUCACAUGAACAGGCUGAAGAGUGCAAUCGAAAAGGCCAUGAUCUCCUGUAGGAAGAUCUCUGAAUCAAGUCUCCGUGUCCAGUUCUAUGUGAGCCGUCUGAUGGAAGCACUGGGAGAAUUCAGACGGACUAUCUGGAACUUAUAUUCUGUUCCAAGGAUAGCUGAACCAGUAUGGCUUACCAUGAUGUCAAACACCUUGGAAAAAAACCAACUCUGCCAGCGCUUUCUCAAGGAAUUUAUACUUCUGAUUGAACAAGUCAACAAAAACCAGUUUUUUGCUGCCUUACUGACUGCGGUGUUAACCUACCACCUAGCCUGGGUACCAACUGUCAUGCCUGUUGACCACCCUCCCAUUAAAGCCUUCUCGGAGAAGCGUACCUCUCAGUCAGUGAACAUGCUGGCCAAAACACAUCCAUAUAAUCCUCUCUGGGCACAGCUGGGUGACCUUUAUGGAGCCAUAGGCUCUCCAGUGAGAUUGACUCGCACUGUGGUGAUUGGGAAGCAGAAGGACUUGGUCCAGCGCAUUCUUUAUGUUCUGACCUACUUUCUCCGUUGCUCUGAACUGCAAGAGAAUCACCUGACUUGGAGUGGGAAUCAUAGUGAGGAUGACCAGGUUAUAAAUGGGAGCAAGAUCGUAACCGCCUUGGAAAAAGGAGAGGUGGAAGAGUCUGAGUAUGUGGUAGUUACAGUGAGCAAUGAGCCUGCUCUGGUACCGCCAAUCCUACCACCAGGGACAUCUGAGAGGAGGAGCCCUGAGCCUACAGUAGUAGCUGAGAUCCCAGAAGGCAUCAAUACUAGUGAACUGGGUCACAGACCUGAAAAACACAGGUGCAAGAGCCCAGAGCAGAAUUCUGAGGCCAGUAGCAUGGGAUUCCAAGAGGCAGAACCUGACAGUUCGUGGACACCUCAAAGCAUAUUCUGUGAGGACAAACAGAAUGACCAAGAGGCAGUCCAGGAUUGUUCUUCAAGACCUCCCAGCUGUGAGGUGCCCAAGGUAAGAAGAAGGAUGGACCAACAAACCUUCCGUGUGGAGCUGCCUGGGGAGAUGCUAAAGAAAGAAGCAGAGUGGUCAGCAGCCUGGCCUUGCCCUGACAGACAUUCCCAGGAGGAUCGUCCUGUUGAAAAGGUCACUUUCCACAUUGGAAGUUCCAUCUCCCCAGAGUCUGACUUUGAAAGCCGCACCAAAAGAAUGGAGGAGCGGUUAAAGGCCUCUGGACAUUUUCUUGGGGCCAGUGCCUCUGCCAGGUCUAGUAUGGACACUGGCCUGACUCAAGACCAGCAGGGCUCUGGGUGCUCCUUCAACGCUGAUUUUCAAAAGGACAUCACACCUCAAGACCACUCUUCAGGGGGGGAAGGUGUCUCUGAGGACAGAGGCCUCCGAGCCAACAUGGGACAUACUGUGGGACAACUUAGCCAAGUUGGUGGCCCCCUUACACAUUCAAUUCGUGCAGCAGGAAGUGGCCGGACACUGCCGGAACAGACUAGAGAUGUGCAAUUAAAAGGCGACAAAGGACCUUCAUCAGAGCCUAUUUCAAACAGAUGUAGACAGCAGGGUGGCCUGCUGAUUGCUACAGAUGUCCCCUGUGGGGAUGCCAGUGGUAAGGCCAACUACAGGAGCGAAGGAGACAUUCCCAGGAAUGAAAGCUUGGAUAGUGCUCUUGGAGACAGUGAUGAUGAAGCGUGUGUUUUGGCCCUGCUAGAACUAGGUCACAGUUGUGACAGGACUGAAGGGUCCUUGGAAGUGGAACUGCCUCUGCCAAGGUCUCAGAGCACCAGCAAGCCAAAUGUUAGAAAUUUUGGCCGCUCACUUCUGGCAGGUUACUGCGCCACGUAUAUGCCUGACUUGGUGCUGCACGGAACCAGCAGUGAUGAGAAGCUGAAGCAGUGCCUGGCAGCUGAUCUGGUCCACACGGUGCAUCAUCCAGUGCUCGAUGAACCGAUAGCCGAAGCUGUCUGUAUCAUUGCAGACACUGACAAGUGGACUGUCCAGGUGGCCACGAGUCAGAGGAAAGUGAUGGACACCAUGAAGCUGGGCCAGGAUGUCUUGGUCUCUAGUCAGGUGUCCAGUUUACUUCAGUCCAUCUUACAGCUCUAUAAGCUUCACCUCCCUGCUGAUUUUUGCAUCAUGCAUCUGGAAGACAGGCUACAGGAGAUGUACCUCAAAAGUAAAAUGCUUUCAGAAUAUCUCCGGGGACACACACGUGUGCACGUGAAAGAGCUGAGUGUGGUGUUGGGGAUUGAAUCCAAUGACCUGCCUCUGCUGACGGCCAUCGCCAGCACUCACUCUCCGUACGUGGCGCAGAUCCUCUUAUAGCCGACUGCAGGACAGUUCUCAUUGGAAAAUGAGACCGGAAGGAGGAAGCUCUCAGUGACCGCAGAGGCUUGAGAACAUGGAGCGGUUGCCCGCCCCUCGUUGUUCGUGUGGCUGCUGCCUAGUGGCUGUUACACUGGGAGGCUUGCGUUUACUCCACGCAGUGGCAAUUUGUGAUUGUUCAAGAUCACUUUGAGCCACUGUCUCCUCCCAGGAAUCAAAAGAAAGUUACCUUUCUGGUGGGAGGGAAACGUAAGCACCAUGGUCAAAGUAGGCAGACGCCCCUGUGCUGUUGGGUAGAAUGCUGAGGGCUGACUGGAGUAGGGGGUAACCAAUGUCUAGAACAUUCCAGUAAGAAGAUAUUCCUAUUUAAGCAUGAGAGAACAUAAAGGGUUGUUCUAAGAACAGGCUGUGGCUCCUAGGUCAGGGCUCUUCUAGGAACAUUGACCUGAAGAAAGCGGCAUUUUGCCAGUGUCAGCCCGGAGCUGCAGCAGCGACUGUUGGACACAGGAUGUGGAUCGUCUGUUGAGAGGAGAGAGAGAGAGCUCUGGAGACCCACGGUUGUCACUUCUCAGAGCUUCCUGUGGUUCCAGUCCAGCCACAGGCAGGUCUAAGAGGGAUUGCUGGUGUAAUAAGCCCAGGAUGCAAUGUAGCACCCUGUUCUGUCAGGUGUUUUGGAGUACAUAGUCUGACACUGGGUAUUCAGCUCUGGCUUUAGUGUCUUUAGCCUUCUCCAGAAAGACUUUUUACCAAAGUUGUUUCCAUGAGCUCAGGAGGUUUGUGGGUGAGCUCGGCCAGCCCAAGCCUCUUUCCUCCUAGCAGUCCGCGCUGGUGCUGUUCAUGUGGUAAGGUGCAGCUGCCAGCUAGGGAGGGAACCUGCAGCAGCUCUGACAAGGACAGCAGGCGCCCGAACAUUGAGAAGCAGUCCGUGUGCGAUCUCAGUUUUUACACUGUCAGUCCUGCACUUUUUAAUCCCUUUCAUAUUUCUUUAAAAAAAAAAAUCUUUCCAGAAAUUAACUUGAUCAUUUGUAAAACUUACCAAAGUGAAGAACUGUAAAAGCCCAAUUGGUCAUUAAACCUAAAGAACCUUAGUUUACUGACCAUAAAACAGUCCAUGUUGAAAUACUUUAAAAACAAAAAUUCUGGUGUUUAAAAAGACAGGAGCCAGUCAAGUAAAGUCAAACACUGUCAGCUCCUCGGUCUUCCCACGAGUUUCUGGUGCCUGAGAAUGUGGGAUAGCUUCUAGGGGCUCUUCUAGUUUAUAUCUGAUCAAAUCCUAAUCCAUGCGACAUGUUUGUCUCUCUUCAUUACAAAUACAAGUUAGCUGAGACCAUGUGCUCCCUAUGCUACUGAGGACAAAUGCCGACAUUAUCUCUUAGAAGUGGGCCAGAGUGUGGACUCUCAUGACCCCCUCCCUCCUUUUCCUUCUCUCCCUCUCCCUCUCCCUCCUCUUCCUCCUUCCCCUUUCCCUCUUGCCCUAAGCAUCUCUCAUUUUUCUGUGAUAUGUGAAAAUAGAUGUUGCUUCAAGGCACUUAAGAUCUUUAAUUUGCAUUUUUCGUAUUUCACAAAGUUGAAGUGUCCCAUUCUUUUAAAUAUCUUCCAUUUUCUAUUACCGGACAUUUGUUUGCUCUUUUCAGUUUCCUGGCUCUGUGAUAUCCUAGUUUGCCAGGGAACCCCACAUGCGGCUCGGCUUUCCAGGCACUUGUUUUUCCUUGGUGUGGAUGAGCUGUCAAAGCAGACCUCAGCCACCAUUGCCAGCCUAGAGCUCUCCCUUCUUUCUCCUGGCUUCUCUCGUUUACACGUGGACUCAGCAUCUUUCACCAGCUUCUGAGGUUUUGGAGAAAAUAACUCAAUAUAGAAUCAGUUUCUUGUGUAGAUAGAGUAACAUGUUGACAGCCAGACUCGGGGAAUUGAGCUGUCAUCAGGUUAAUUCUCAGUUUCAUGAAGAAAAACUUAGCCCAGCACUUCAUAGCCAGAAAAAAGUUAAGCCUGCCUCUCAAUCCAAUGCUCCAAAUUUCAGAGGAAAAGUGGGAAACCCUGGGCUCACAUGGGUUAUCUCAGUACCCCACUGUCUCUUGCUAUUGCAGAGAAAGAUGUGCUGCUCUUCUCCUGGCUCCCAAGGUGUGGGGUGUUCACGUUUCCUUUGUCUUAAAUUCAGCCUCUUCUCAGAAAACAAAGCAUCUCAUGGACUUUUGUUGAGAUACACCCACAUCCUGUACCAAGGAUGACGUCAUUCUGUCAUAGCCGAAGAGUCCAAAACUAUCCUACCUUCUAGGCAUAACUCAAGGGACAAAACAUUUUCUAAAAUGUUUAAAGAAAUCUACCUCAGUUGACAGGAUUCCACCUACCCUUAGGGUUUCUUCGGCUCUUCAGUCUUACCUGUUAUGUGUCACUGGGCAGCACUCUGCUUGUUUGACUAAGCAGGGCUCAUGAGGCACAGCAGAGCAGAAGCGUGUCAGUGUCCUGUGAUGACCUCUUUCUAGCAUGUUGUAGUUUUAUAUUUGUUAAGUUGAUAAGUGAUAUGAAUGUAUAGGCAAUUGUGUAUGUUUUCAAAAAGGACAAUGAAAAUUUAAUAUGUAGCUUCCAUACUUGUGCAUAAUUCCAAAGUAUCUUAUUUUAUCAGUGUUAAAUAGCUUUUGUACAGCUUCAGCCCAUUUUCCAGACGCGUGCUGUUUUAUACGGGAAGUAACUCAUCUUCUCACACCUCAUGGAGCUGGUUUACACAUCGCAACUUUUUAAAUUACUGUGGUUUUCAGAACUAACUUUUUUGGAAGGAAGAAAUUCCCCGCUUGCUAAAUGAUGCUAAACUGUUGUCUGGGCUCUUAAAUAUCAGGUCUUUGGAUUUUAUAAACUAGUCUGUAGCUUUUUAGGUUCUCUGUUAGUUGGAUGUACAUAAAGAAUAUAAAACAACUCUCAAAUGCUUUUAAAUGUCUGGAGUUUUCCAUUGAUGCACACUCGGGGAUUAUGUUCACGCAGACUUUCAUCAUUAAAUUGAAAAGGUCCACAGCUUCUCUCAGUUAAUGUGGACCCUUUGUUUUUAUUGUGCUUGGUAGAGAAGAACACACUUCUUGCCUAAAUCAAGCAGCCCCCUUCAAAUGUUAAUUUUUUAAAAUGUUAAAAUUUGGUGAGCAUCUGGAACAUGUAUUUGCAUUAUGUUUAAAUUUCAGUGUUUUAAAAAGGAGACCAUUCUGGGGUGUGUUAUUAUUGAUCUUUCAUUAAGAGAAUGGAUAGGACUGUUUUUUAAGUCAGUUGAGUGGAUCCAACUGUCAGUGUGUGGAAACUUUUUCCUAAAAUAACAUUCAUGCAUUAUUUCGAUCCAUUUUUCUGUGACAUUUGGUGCAAUAAACUUUUUGAAUUUAUCUUGCUUA